CGUUGUCUGGCUUUUCUUUAGUUGCGCACCGUCGGGGAUCUCUCUGAUCUCUCUCAAGAUCGCUUCUACGCUACCGGCCGCAGAUCUCUCUCACACCCAUCAUGACUCGAGGAAGUCAAAGAGAGCGUGACCGUGAAAGGGCUCUAGCUCGUACCGGAGGCAAAGGAAGGACUAAAGAUGAUGGAUUAACUCCAGAGCAACGCCGUGAGAGGGAUGCGAAAGCAUUGCAAGAGAAGGCAGCAAAGAAGGCUGCUCAAGCAGCAGCAGCAGCAGCUAGUUCUGGAGGAGGUGGCAAAGGAAACAAUAAUUCUAAGAAAUGAUGAUCAAUCAAUGCCUCCAUAUGUCUGUAACUUCUUUCUUUUGAUGUUUGAUUGGGAGUUUCAUAUCACUUGAGUAUUUACUUUGGUUAUCCAAUGACUCAUCCAGUACAUUUGUAUCCAAAUUCUUGUCCUUUAUGGAGUUCAACAGAUCUUGCUACUUGGACUUGUUUGAUAGAAUGUUUGAAGGAGUGGUCGGGUUGUGAUUA